CUGUAACAAAAAAUUAGAGCUAUUUCACGAGUGGCUGUCAACAGAUAUUGGUAAUUAUCCCUCUACCUCAAGUGAAAUCCGCCCCACUCGGCUUCUGGAUCUCGGACGGGAGGGCAAAGUUCGACUCGUUGAGAGUGACCCAUCCAAAAAUGACUGGACAUCUGGAUCUAGGGUGGCUAGCGCCAUCCUCGAAUAUGUUGCGUUAAGCCAUCGCUGGGGUUCUUCCCACCAUCUAACAACCACCUUACGCACUUUGAAGCAGCUCAGAGAUGGAAUCCCGAUUGACCGCUUGCCUCAAACGUUCAAGGAUGCUGUAUUCCUCACGAAGCAACUAGGCUUCCAAUAUUUAUGGAUCGAUGCCUUGUGUAUCAUUCAAGACAGCUUUGAGGACUGGCAAAAGGAGUCUGAGAAGAUGGGAGAUAUUUUCAAAGCGGCUUCCGUCACAUUAGCGGCUCACUGCGCAAGAGACGAUUCGGAAGGGUUCUUACUGGACGCUUUUGCAGCACCAACCGCCAUAGAGCAUCAGGUCCAAGGGCACCCCAUCGGAAUAUGCCGACCGCCAAAUUUGGAACUCGAUGUUACUAAUAGCCGAUUGUCGAGAAGAGGUUGGGUUCUCCAGGAGAGAUUUCUCUCUACACGAACGCUUCACUUCACCCCUGGCCGCAUUUAUUUCGAAACUACAAGUGGAGUCUUCUCCGAAGACGGCCCAUCUAGUGGAUUACUACAGGCGGCGAGCGCUCGACGCAGAAUGUAUCACGGAAGCUCGCGACCCACCUUUUUCAGCCCUUUGGCUUCGCCUGAGCUCCGAGCAACAUUUGGCCUAGGGGGCAUCGGAGACGCGAGUUUAAUAACAGAGCAGUCGCAUGUCACACCUUUGGAGUGGCUAGAUCUUGUUGAGAUGUAUUCACAUUGUGGAUUGACUAAGGAGAAGGACAAGUUAAUCGCGAUCCUAGGCAUGGCACGCAAGAUACAUUCUCGGACCGGAAGUAGCUGGUGCGCUGGCAUUUGGAGUGACCGGAUCUGCGAAGGCCUUCUCUGGCUUCCAAAGAAUGCUGAUUUAUUGGCACCAUCAGCGAGUCGCGCUCUAUCUUGGUCCUGGGCAUCUUGGGAUGGUGGUAUUCAAUACCCAACUAAUGUGAAAUGGUCUAAACUCCAUCCUAGAUGUACUUUUAUCUCCUUACAUAACCCUCACGAUACCAGGAGAAAGGAAGAAGUUGCUUGGCUCAACGGACCUGGCUAUCUCAGAGUCCGAGGCAGACUCAUCAGCUUGCAUGGGCUAUACUUGGGUGAGGCGGUUCAGCUUGGGCCUGGGCCUCCUCGAAAAGGUCCUAUCACCGAGGAAUCCCAUGAUCUUCCUCGAGCGCCACUUCAACACUUUGUCCACGCUCGGAGGAUCUGCGCGGGAAGUAUGAGCCAAACCGCGGGCUGGAUUGCAUUCGACUCUCGUGGACCGGGCCGGAUGUUCGACCGCUCCCUUCGGAUUUCUUUAUUGAUCACAACCUGA